AUGAAGUCAUCGUCUACGAAGCUCCCCAACGGUCAUGGCAGCCUCUACAAGGAGGUGCGCUUUUCGCCGACCGCGACCCCGAUCCCUAUCCGUCGUGCGCUGUCCGUCCCAAACACCCAUUCCGUCCUGAAGUCGGAUUUGUCCCCGCGGUCGCUCGACAGAUACUCUCCUCUGGCGGCUGAUUACCUCGAGGAGUCACGGUCGCUCCUGGUGCGACAGCGCACAUUGUUUGAGGAUGAGCGACGGCUGUGGGAGCGAGAACGCGCGAUAUUGAAUGCGCGUGUCGCCGAAUUGGAAUCGCAGCUCAAGAAUCAGGAGACGCCAUCAUCUUUUCCGCCCUUAUCCACAAACCAGUCAACACAGAACCAGACCCCCUCGAGUAAUACUUCCCAAGUGUGGGAGGGCACCAGCCCCUCCAGUCCGCCAACCAGGGUGUUUGGUCACCCGGAGAAAUCAGACCGCGCUAGCCCGUCGGCCAUGGAGCAAGGAGGCAGCCUGACAGUGUCCCUGGAUGCAGCCCUCUCGCCCAAAUCCCACCCCUCCGACCCUGCUGCAGGCGGCAGCGUCCCUGUGCCGAUCGAAAAGCUCGACAGCAAACUCGACGGCAUCACCCUCAAAUCGUCGGCCUUGCACCCGGAGAUUGUCGCCCGCGUGAUGACGCCGCCCUCGCCGCGGUCCCCCGAGACGUCACCGUCCAUGACCUCCCAGAAAUCGGAGCGUCGCAACAGCCUGAAGCUCCGGCUGUCGGAGCUAGGCCCGCCCGAGAAGAACCUCACCAGGGAUGCGGGACACACCCCUAUGGUCGUCAUGGAUUCGGACGCUGAAACCAAAUCACCCCACGUCGUGGACGAGGGUGCGGGCGAGGGUGCAGACGAGGGUGAUGACCCAUCACCCCUUGCCCCAGAUGCGCUGCGGCAACCUGCAGAAAACUCCGACUCGUAUUUUGCGAGCCUGCCGGACGACCCGGCGCUGACGGGCCCCCUCUCCUUGCUGAACGACGAGGAACACGACUCUGGCUUUUUGAAGGAGCUGGAUCAGAAACUCCUCGACCAGGCCUGGCAGGCCCUGGGCAGCUCGCGGGACUCGAGCGAUCGAAAGGAGAGAGCCGAGCCGCCCAGCCAGGAACCUGAACUCAGGUUCAAAAACGCCACAAACUUUGGCACCGCAUUUGGCCAUAAGUUCUAA